CGACACAUCAUUCCGAACAUAGCCACCGGCUCAAGUUGCCUACCCCCAUGCAAAUCCUUGAGCACGACCGCUAGCCCAGGGCAGGACUGACAGCUGGCCGGUGACUUCUGGGGUUGCACAGGGAGGCUCAACAACCCGUCGUAACCUGAUAUCUGGCAGCCUACUGUACAAGAGAGCAACCUACCACCCGGGGCUUGCCGCUAAACUCGAAGUCUCUUCUCCCUCGCAAUUGCCGUCACUUCGUUACUGUACAAAGUCACUCCGAAUAUUCGAAUACCACUCGACCGUAACUCAUCGUCAUGGGCGCCAGCCAAUCUUAUCAGAACAUUCCGCUGCAUGCCUCCAACCCUCCAAUCGCCGCGGUAGAUACCCGCUUCAUUCUCCCGAACCCAGUAACCCUCCUCCUGGUCGAAAAACCAUUUUCCUUCUCUGGAGAUGAUUUUUCUAUCAGGGAUGCAAAUAACGGGACACCUUACUUCAAAUGCUCGGGGCGGGCAAUGUCUUUGUCACAAAAGAAAACGUUUCUAGACGCCUACGGGAAGCCGGUGUUCAAUAUGAAAAGGGAACGGUUCGCCUUUCUCAAACCUAGCCACUUCCUCUUUCUUGGGGAGCAUUCGGAGACAAAGCUCUGCGAGAUUCGAUCGUCUUUUGUUGUUCUCAAAGCAAAGUUGACGGUAGUGUUCAAGAACUUGGUGGAUGGCACCAAUGUCGAGCUGGGGUUGAAAGGGAACUGGUUGGCAAGGGACUGCAUGAUCUGGGCGGAUUAUGGAUGCAAGGGAGAAGCGAACAGAAAACCUAUCGCUACCAUCAAAAUGCCUGUUCUGAGGACAAACAACCUGAUCUUUGGCAAGCAAGAAUACUGGCUUACAGCCGCACCAGGAGUGGAUAUCGCGCUGCUCGUCGCCAUCUGCAUCGCUUUAGAUGAAGCUGCUCACGACAGAAAAAGGGAAUGAUGUUGUGACGUUCUCAGCACGGCCCGUGCUUGUUCUUUCUAUACCGGCGGCCGUCCCAGCCUGUAUCCGUCUGAACCGCACAAGUUAAGACCCUUAGGUUAUGUUUUGGAAGAAGAAGCAGAUGAAGGAUUGGCAGAUGUCUACCGGCAAUCCAAGUCGGCGUAGUAUAUGUACUGGAGCACGAAGCACGAGUCAUGUAGUGUAUGAAAGAAUGUAAAGUAUAUAGCAUAGAUGGAGCACUUUUUGGCGUAAUAACAUUUUUGUGAAAAGCAGGAUAGGCGGCAUGGUUGAUUAGAUAUCUCAACGUAGGC